AUGUCCACGAGCUCGAAUCAAGCUCGAAUCAAGCACACAGUCUCCAUUUUGAAGGCAACUACCUAUUCCAACGCCGAUAUCUCAGCCUACUACUUCUCAGCGGUGCUAGAUGCCUUCGACGAGGAAGUUGAAGGGGUUUUUCGCUGCCAGUGUGGGACUCUGCAUCGCCAGUCGCCAAGAACCGGGUACUCAAACCUGAUGUCCCACAUUCGUGACCAGCACCAUGACUAUCAAGAAGUGGUCAUGGAGGCUGACAUGGGUGCAGGGACGCUGGCGCCGUGGAUCAAGCAGAGUGCCAAAAAUAUGCACGGUUGGCUGGACUGGAUCAUCUCCAGCAACUUGCAGCUUCAGUUUUGCAAACGAGCUACAACGAGACGCUACACGAACCUAAACCGUAUCAGCGUCGAAUCGCUCAAGCGAGCGAUGGGGAAUGUCACGCUGGCAGUUGAGGCCAAGAUUAAGGCCGAGUUACCGAGCCAACGGUGUGGGACACCAUCCGCUUCUCUACUGAUCGGUGAGGAUGGUGGUGAUCACUCGGCCGAAGGCCAUCGCGUGUUUUUGGACUCGAUGCUGCAGCGUGAUUACGACAAGAGCCUGCACGAUUGCUUGUUUACUGUCGGCGACAACUGUGCCGUUAACAGAAGGCUGGCAACAAUUGCUCACCUCCCUCUAAUCGGAUGCGCGAGCCAUCGGCUCAAUUUCGCCGUGCAAGCUUAUCUUCAAUCCUACAAGGACGAGCUGGACUCCAUUCCGAACCUGAUGCGAAAGCUUCGCACGCUGAAUCACGCCGCAAAACUUCGUGCCAAAACGUCACUACGCCCCGUUCUCCGUCACGACACGCGAUGGAGCUCGACGUACGCGAUGGUGGGCCGCUACUUCUGUCUGGCGGGGUUUAUAGAGGCAGAUGAUGAAGACAUGUGCGAGCUGAUGCCUUCCCCGCGCUCUGUGAAGCGACUUCUGUCUCUGCUGUCCGACUUGAAGCGCAUCGAAUAUGUUAGCAAGUCUCUACAGUGCGGGACAACCACGAUUUUAGAUGUACGUCUUUGGUUUGAUGGCCUCAUCGAAGUCGAGCCCUCGUUUGCUGAGUAUUUGGCACCGCGUGCUAGAAUCGUUCACUCUCCAGAUUUCGAGAGCGGUUGCACAAAAGUGCUCGAUGGUGAAGGCGCCAAGCUCACUUGGGCUGAAUCGGCUGCGCUGGAGCCGUUCGCCAUCGAGCACAGUGAGAGUGAGUUCGACUCGGAGUCAGGGUCGUCCACCUCCAAUAUGGUGGAGCGGUUUCAGUCUCGCCCGCGUCACGUUUGGACACGAGCACCAUUCACUGAGCCCGUACACGCUCGAAAUGAUUUUGUUUCUUGCUAG